UAUUCUCUACAACAUAAGGUACUUCUUCAGAUAAAAUGUCCAAUAUAGCGCAACAACGAAUUCAGCGGGAGUUCAGAGAAGUUGUAAAAAGCAAAGAAAUUGCAGAUUCCGGUGUUCAAUUAGAACUGAUUCGAGAUGAUUUGACUGAGUUAGCUGGUACAAUAGCUGGACCCCCCGAUACACCUUAUCAAGGAGGAAAGUUUAGAUUAGAAAUAAAGAUUCCAGACACUUAUCCUUUCAAUCCUCCUAAGGUCCGUUUUAUCACUAAGAUCUGGCAUCCCAAUAUUUCCAGUGUAACUGGAGCCAUCUGUCUGGAUAUACUUAAGGACCAGUGGGCCGCAGCAAUGACGCUCAGAACGGUUUUGUUAAGUAUUCAAGCUUUACUAGCUGCACCAGAACCAAGCGAUCCACAGGAUGCAGUGGUUGCUCGGCAAUACCAGGAGAAUAACGGAAUAUACAGAGAAACAGCCCAGCACUGGACCACUGUGUAUGCGGGUUCAAGUUAUAAGAAUGCAACCUUUGAUAAUAUGCUACGACAGCUCAAGGAUAUGGGAGUAGAGGAGACUGCAGCCCUGGUAGCUCUCUCUUCUUGUGCCUGGGAUCUGCAGAAAGCAACAGAAACCCUGUUCAACUAGUCAAUAGCCAAAUCAAUCAAUUUAUCAGGAACUGGUGACGGAGACUGCAUUUCCCCCCCCCCCCCAGCUUUACCAUUGUGAUUUAACUGUGUACUGUGUACUAUAUGUUACCGACGGUGCGGUACUCUGGGCUUACUUAUAGUUUAAUACUCCUAUGUUACACAGUGGGCAUGCAUACACCGACAAGUGUUAUUCAUAAAAUGUAAAAAUGUUUUUGAACGUUUAAGGUUAAAGCUCAAUAUUUUACAUUCAUAGUUUAUACUCAGACAUAAAUACAACACACUUUAAUCUAAUAAUUUCAAAGCUAUGAUUAUGACAUAUAAAUUGCAAUUGUGAUAUUUACCUAUUUUAACUUUUUAAAUUUACUAAUAUGGAAUUGGAAGCUAUUAAAAACACACAAAGCUUUCAUAAAAAAACUUCAAAAAUUAAGAAUUGUAAAGAUUAUAAGAGGCGGAGAUUAAAGUUUCAACUGUACAUAAUCUGUCUUCCUUUGAUCUUGGUUUUAAUUUCAGA